UCUCCUCUUGUCUCUAUUUUUGAAUCGCGUUAGCGGAUGGUUAGGAACACCAAAAUACAUAGAGACGGUGCCGUGCUUCGUUUGCUACUUUCUUCUUUUGGGGUGCGAUCAUGGGGAACAGCAGAAGCAAGCCAGAGUCGAUAGAGCAGCGGAGACGCCAUAGCAGUGAGACGCGAGCAAGUCCUCCGCCGCAGGCCUUCCAUUUAGCUCCUGCUUCGGUUUCAGGUUCGUCUGUUGAAGCAAGUCCUCCGCCGCAGGCCUUCGAUUUAGGUCCUGCUUCGGUUUCAGGUACACCGCAACCGGUGGAGGAACUUGAGAUAUGUUAUGACGACAUCGAAGGUGGUCCACCUGAAUAUGGCGGCAAGGUGCUUAUGCUUGGGGGUCUAGGAUUGAUGGAGCCUCCGGAGGUCACACAAUGGCAGACUUACACGGAGAUCUACUUGAUGGAAAACCGGUUAACUGAGUUGCCCGAGAACCCUCGGUGUCCUGUACUCUUGGUCUUGUUUCUAAAUAGAAAUUACAAACUCAGAACAAUUAGUCUGUCUUUCUUUGAUUACAUGCCGGCUCUUGAAAUCCUGAAUUUAUCCAGAACACGAAUCAAGUCCUUGCCGGAGUCUCUGUUUGGGUUAAGCUGCCUAAAAAGACUAUUCUUAACUCACUGUGAGAUGCUGAGCGUGUUACCUCCAAAAAUUGGAGAACUUCAGCAGCUUGAGGUGCUUGAUAUGGAAGGGACUGAGAUCAUGGAUCUGCCCCAGGAGGUUGCAAAGCUAACAAAGCUCACUUGCCUAGAAUUAUCCUUUUGUCCACGCGUAAAUUGGGGCACAAAAUCUGCGAAAGCGAAUGCAUUGAUUCCUCAAGGCACUCUUUCCACACUAUCUCAACUAGAAGAAUUAAGUAUUGAUGUAAAUCCAGAUGAUGAGAGGUGGGAGAGUGUUGUGGAAGCUAUUAUUGACGACGUUUGUGGCUUGAUAAGUCUGGAUACACUUAAACUGUACCUUCCACAAGUGGAACAUCUGAGGAAAUUCAAAUGGUUUGGUACAUCCAAGGUAUGUAGAUUGUUGUCACAUUUCAAAUUCAUUGUUGGCAGUCAUGAUGAACGCAUCAUGUCUUGUCUCCCGGUGGAUCUUGAGUUUGAAAUAGAACGCUGGGAUAGAUCCCUGAAAUAUGUAAAUGGUGUCGGGGUGCCUAUAGAUAUCCAGAAGAUGCUUCGGCAUGCUACUGCAUUUUUCUUAGACCGCCAUAUGGAUGUCACUAAGCUAUCUGAUUUUGGGAUUGAGAACAUGGAGCAACUGAAAUGCUGCAUAAUUGGGGAGUGUAAUGAGAUUCGGGUUUUUAUUGAUGGAACUGACAUGUAUGAUGAAGCUGAUAGAAGUGAAAUUGUAUCAGAAACAGGGGAGGAUGACAAGAGGUUUCUCAGGUCACUUGAAUAUCUCUAUGUAUAUCAUAUGAAGAGUUUGAGGUGCAUUUAUGUGGGGCCGCUGCAUCGAGGAUCCUUGUCUCAUCUUAAAUGCUUGGCCUUAGUCACAUGCCCUCAGUUGACUACCAUAUUUACACCUGACCUACUGAAAAACCUUGAUAGCUUAGAAGAGCUCAGAGUCGAAGACUGCUCACAUGUCUCAAGUUUAGUGACACAGGAAGAUACUUCUAUUGACGACAGUACUCACUUUCUCCCCAACAUGAAAAGGAUAUCCCUAUUCUCAUUGCCAGAGCUCAUUAGCAUUUCCAGUGGCUUACGCAUCGCACCAAACUUGGAACGAAUGAGCAUUAUCGAUUGUCCAAAUCUCAAGAGUUCAUCACCUGAUGAAAUCUGUUGCAAUCAUCUGGCAGGGACUAAACCACAAAGCAUUCCAAAUGAUGCAAGCAGAGAGCAGCCUGCUCCUACUGUGGUUUCGUCUACAACCACUGUUAAUGCAGACCGUUCAACUUUUAAACUCAAAAGGGAACCUAAAGUUGCUUCUCGGCUGCGGAAAUUCAAAUUUAAUGAUCUUAAGUUAGCUGCUAGAAACUUUAGUGCUGCAAGUCUUCUUGGUAAAGGUGGUUUUGGCUGUGUACGUGGAUUUACAAAUGAGGUUUCUAUAGUCGCUCCUCAGCUGCGGAAAUUUUCAUUAAAGGAUCUUAAGUUAGCUACAAGAAAAUUUAGUCCUGAGGGUCUGCUCGGUCAAGAUGAUUCUUUCCGAGUCUUUAAGGGUUGGAUUGAAGAAAAUGGGACUGCUCCUGCAAGGCCUGGCACUGGGCUGACUGUCACUGUUAAGAUUUUCGAGCGUCAUGGGCAGCCGGCUCAUGAAGAAUGGCUGGCUGAAGUGAGUAUUCUUGGUCAUCUAGUGCAUCCAAAUUUGGUAAAGUUAAUUGGAUAUUGCGUGGAAGUCGACCAAAGGCUGCUUGUAUAUGAGUAUAUGCAACGAGGGAGCUUGCCUAAUCACCUCUUUGAAAGCUGUGUAGGAGAGACUCAGCCUCUCCCCUGGUCUACCAGGAUGAAAAUAGCACUGGGUGCUGCAAAGGGUCUUGCUUUUCUUCAUGGGGAAGCAGAACUGCAAGUGAUAUUUCGUGAUUUUAAAACUUCCAAGAUCCUAUUAGAUGCCGACUACAAUGUCAAGCUUUCUGGUUUAGAAUUUGCAAAAAUUGUUCCCGAGGGAGAUGACUCUGACACCACCCAACUCGUUGGAACAUUUGGCUAUAUCGACCCGGAAUACAUCUAUACUGGUAAUGUCACAGUAAAGAGUGAUGUCUAUGGUUUUGGUGUGGUUCUUUUGGAAAUCCUGACCGGAAGAAAAGCCAUUGAUCGUACUCGUGAGGAACCUCACCUUGUUAUGUACGCUCGGUUACAUAUGGAAGAGGAAAAAAGUUUGUGCGAAUUGAUGGAUCCAAGGCUCGGAAAUAAAUACUCAGAAAAAUGUGCCCAGAUUGCUUUGCAGUUGGCUGCUCGCUGCCUUAGACCAGAUCCAGAAGCUCGUCCCUGGAUGAGUGAAGUUGUCGAAGUUUUGAAAAAUAUCCCAGAUCUUCCAUAUAUGGCAAGUCCAUUAAAUAUUCAGGACAAGAGAGGAAGCCCUAGCAGUGGAAUCGCAUGCAAACUUGAACCACGGUGAAUUCAAGGAAUGCAAGUCUUUCAAUUCCGGAUGGGACCAACGCCUAUCCAUGCCACCACACCACCAAUUUUUGGAAGCAAGUGAUAAACUGUGGCAAUAUGCCAUUAAGUAGAAGUCAUUCAAACCCAUUUUUUCCUCUUCUCCUCUUUCCUUUUUUGGUGCUGGAGUUUUGGCUUCCAUAUGAACAUUAGCUCCUGGUUAUGAAAAUGUCGACGGAAUAAAAUAUAAUACAAAUUAUGCUACGUUUAUAUCGUCA